AUGGGCCACAUAUCCGUUCUGCAGGCUCUUUACGACCAGGAACCUAAGAUAAAUCUGAACCUGGCAGACAAAUCAUCAGCUAUAACAAUGCUGUAUGCUCACAGUUCAAAUCGAAGCACUGAGACAAUUUCUUGGCUCAUAGAGCACGGGGUUGAUCCCAACGUGAGAAUCGGCAUUAAUGGAGCAGACAUGUUACAGGUUGCUUGUAUAUUUGGCCGAUUUCAACUUGCAAAAGCCUAUAUUCACGCCGGUGCUCGUUGCGACUCAAAGUUGAAGUUAACGUCUGAAGUGGCGGCUUUCACACCGUUAGAGCGCUGUUGCAUGACGGGGCACCCAUCUGUCCUUGGAGUGGCUGCUUUGAAUAUCUUCGGCUCACGGGACACACGCAAUUCAUCAUACUUUAGUGCCCCUGACUCAGAGGUCGACCGUGCCAGCCUUGUUGCCUUGAUGGUCGAAAAGGGUGCAAGAAUCCGAGGGUCGAGGCCAGGAGAUGGACUUUUUGAGCCAUCUCCCAUGGUGCUUGCUGCACAAAACCAUCUGGUACCUAUCAUGGAGAUACUCAUCAAGACUGGGACGGGAGUCGGAGUCAUGGAUCAUCUUGGGAUGUUUCCUCUAUGUGCUCCUCUCCACGGUGAUUACGCUGCACGACAACCACCGACUCAUGCACAGAUGUCGAGAACCAUUAAUUGGCUUUUGGACCAUGAUGCAGACAUCGAGCAGAAGAGCAGUACUCAUCAAGUCCUCUACUGUCUAUGCAACCGCCCAGGAUAUCAAACUGCUGAACAAAUUUCUGAGCAGCUUGAGCUCGCCCAGUUAUUCAUCGACAAAGGGGCUGUUGUGGACUCAAUGGUCAUCGACCCUUCCCUUCCCGAGUCUCAACAGAAUUCGUCAGCACUCAUGGCUGCAUUCAGGCGUGGACGUAUGUCACUUUGUGAUCUAUUGAUCCAGAGCGGCGCUGUUUUCCCAAGCGACGCUGACUCGUUGCUGCAUUUGUUGGAGGGUCUCUUGUCAAACCACAAACCCUUUUAUCAAAACGAGGAUUUUGUGCCUGUAGAUUUUUCUGGCGAGCAGGAAGACUGUAUCGACAUGUUCGGGCCCAAAUGGAAAGAAUGGAGCCAUCCUGAGAAACGCACAAUGCUGUCAGGAUUGCGCAAAAAGAUCUUCGAUGGCCUUGACUUGUUACACAGUCACGACAAGCACCAUAUGCUGGCCAAGCACCCUCGCUGUCUUUGGAUAGCGGCCGGUGUACCUGGAUCGCCCCUCGUCGGAAAGUUUCUAGAGGCGGGAGCUCUGGACGCAUCGUGGGUAGAAGAAGGUCGCAACUGCCUGGAUCAACUCUCCCAAAAUCCCGUAUCCUUGGUAUAUCACGCCGAGAAAUUUAUUGCUUUAGGUGCUGGCCCACCUGGACAAUCAUUGCUUUAUCAUCUCAUUGCAGGCAGGAAACAAUUCAGAGAUACGAAAUCUUGGUAUUUGCUGCAAUUGUUCUUCAGCAACGGGGCAAAGCUGGAUCUGUGUAAUCGUCCUACGGAUUAUAUGGGACGUCAAAGCCCUCUCGCCCUCCUCACCAUGAACUUGUCGUCAGUAGAGGAUGAUUAUAAGGGAUUCGAACUCGUGCUACAAUCCCUCAGUCGGCCCAUCUCUGAAACUCCCGAUCAAGGUUACGGGGCUCUCCUUGCCGCUUGUAGCCAUCCGAUACAUCCUCGGCCAAUCAAGGCCUUGAUAGCUGCCGGUGUCGAUGUAAAUUACGCACCCCCCAGGGGGUCUUCUGUUCCGUCGCGCCUUGUAAUUCUCUUCAAGGAUCUACUGGAAUACUUUGCUGCGGGGGCAAGCGAAGACGACUACGAGAGGCUCUACGAAUCUAUUGACGAGGAUGGCGACGAAUACGAAGACUGCUACGACGACGAGAAAAUUGAUUUUGGUCAAGCAGGACACAUGCUUGAUGCAUUGAAAAUCUUGAUUGACAAUGGAGCUCAAUUUCGGGAGUCGGAUCCUUCGCUAAAGGGUCUUUAUGACAUUUUGUUGGAUAUUUCCAAGGACGAAAGAGAAGUAUGGUCAACAAUACGUGACCCUGACGCUCAAGAAAAUGCCAAAGAAUUCAUCGAAGGCAUACGUAUCGAGAUAGAGGAACGCGUAUCUUGGGAAGGGGAGAAGCUCUUGAUCGUGGACAGGGAAUAG